GAGAAGAGAGGCCACAGCACUCUGCAAGGAUGGGAUACUUGUCUUUUUUCUCCACUGAGACAUGGACUCUCCUCUUUCUAUUUGUGAGCCUGCUGACAUUGUAUGGGGUCUGGCCUUACAGGUUUUUUAAAAACCUAGGAAUCCCAGGCCCUAAACCAUUACCUUUUCUUGGGACCCUUCUGGAAUAUAGAAAGGGCUUCACUCAGUUUGACAUGGAGUGUUUCAAGAAGUAUGGAAAACUAUGGGGUAUCUUUGAUGGGAGACAGCCUAUUCUGUCUGUCAUGGACAAGACCAUCAUCAAAACAGUCAUGGUGAAAGAAUGUUAUUCACUCUUCACCAACAGAAGGAACCUACGCAUCAAUGGGCCGCUGAACGACGCCGUGUCUGUAGUCGAGGACGAUGACUGGCGUCGUAUCCGGAGUGUUCUGUCUCCGUCUUUCACCAGCGGACGCCUGAAAGAGAUGUUUGGCAUCAUGAAGACGCACUCCAAGACGCUAGUCAGGAACCUGAGGCGGGAGGCCGUCCAGGGCAGACCAGUGGAUCUCAAAGAGUUUUUGGGUGCAUACAGCAUGGACGUGGUGACCAGCACUGCUUUCAGUGUGGACAUCGACUCCCUCAACAACCCCAAUGACCCCUUUGUCACCAACAUCAAGAAAAUGCUCAAGUUCAACAUUUUCAACCCCUUUCUUAUCUUAAUAAUGUUCUUCCCUUUUACCGUUCCCCUUCUGGAGAAGAUGAACGUCUCUUUGAUGCCCGCCGCUGUCAUGGACUUCUUCUACACCUCGCUGAGGAAGAUCAAAGCCGAGAGAGAGGCCAGCACUCAACAGAGUCGAGUGGACUUCCUCCAGCUGAUGAUGGAUUCCCAGGGGUCGGAGACUGAGGGCAAACAGCAAGAGGAAGCACCACAUAAAGGGCUGAGUGAUCACGAGAUUCUGUCCCAGUCGAUGAUCUUCAUCUUCGCCGGCUAUGAGACCACCAGCAGCACCCUGUCCUUCCUCUUCUACAACCUGGCCACCAACCCCGAGGCCUUGGAGAGGCUGCAGCAGGAGGUCGACCAGGUCUUCCCAGACAAGGCUCCAGUGAGCUAUGAGGGCGUGAUGCAGAUGGAGUAUCUGGACAGCGUUCUGAACGAGACCCUGCGCAUCUUCCCCGUGGUGCCACGCGUGGAGAGGCUCUGCAAGAAGACCGUCGACAUCAACGGCGUCACCAUCCCCAAGGGGACGGUCGUCAUGGUGCCUGUCUACGCGCUCCACAGAGACACGGACGUCUGGAGCGACCCAGAGAGCUUCAAACCGGAAAGGUUCAGUAAGGAGAACAAGGAGAGCAUCGACCCGUACACCUUCAUGCCGUUCGGACUCGGCCCCAGGAACUGCAUCGGGAUGCGCUUCGCUCUCGUCAGCAUGAAGCUGGUCGUGGCCGAGAUGCUGCAGAACUUCACCGUGGCCACCUGCGAGGAAACGCAGGUCCCCGUGGAGCUGGACAACCAGGGCCUCAUCGCGCCCAAGACGCCCAUCAAACUCAAGCUCCUCCCUCGCACAUCGUCACACGGUACGCCAGCGGAAUAGGAACAUCACACAUCGUCUCACGGUGCGCGAGCGGAAUAGGAACAUCACACAUCGUCUCACGGUACGCGAGCGGAAUAGGCCAUCACACAUCGUCUCACGGUACGCGAGCGAAAUAGGAACAUCACACAUCGUCACACGGUACGCCAGCGGAAUAGGAACAUCACACAUUGUCACACGGUACGCCAGCGGAAUAGGCCAUCACACAUCGUCUCACGGUACGCCGGCGGAAUAGGACAUCACACAUCGUCUCACGGUACACGGUACGCCAGCGGAAUAGGAACAUCACACCUGCUGUUUGCAGACUCUCCUUAAAACUCUACUGUAAUGUAUUGCAAUACUAAUGUAAUGUAUUGCACUCAUUGAUGCACUUAUUACACACACUGAUGCACUUAUUGUGGUUUUUAAUUUGUUGUUAGAAGUGCUCUUAAAAGCUUAAAUGUUUUAUCAUGUUGUACUGUAAGUCGCUUUGGUUAAAAAGCGUCAGCCACAUGUAAUGUAAUGUA